AUGCUGAAUAAAAGUCUGAAUUUGUAUACAUUUCCAAAAUGUUACAUUUCAAAUGUGAUUGAUCAACUACUAAUCAGAUCUAAAUUUAAUAAUAACCAAUGUUAUCUACCUCAGUAUUCAACUGCACCCGCUCAAAAUGUUGUAAGCAAUUCUACUGAACUGACAAUUGAUAAAUCGCCGUAUCCAAAAUAUCUGUCUUGGACAGAUCCGCAUGAAUUGGCUCAAUAUCUUAGUCAGCGUAUUGUAGCUUUAACUAAACAUUUUGUUGUGAUUGAUAAACCACCUAAUCUUUCUGUUUGGGGUCAUUCACUAGCUAGUCGUGAAGCUAUUUCAAUGAUUAAUCCUAAAUUAUGCAGUGCAUCAGAUCUUGGUAUUAAUGAUUGUUUACCACAACUAAACACUAUAAUCACAUCAUUGGAACAGGGACAACAGGAUACUUCUAAUGAUGAUUCAUCGAAUUUAUCUAGAUCUGUUGAAAUUCCUAAAUUGUAUAUCAUUGAAUCUUUGCCAGCUGCUUAUUCUGGUCUCAUUUUAUUGGGUAGAAAUGAAAAAUAUACUAAUGCUGCUCGUAAAUUUUAUAAAACUGCAAUGCUUGGAGGUACUACUUGGGAUCUAUAUCAAAAACUCCUAAUUGUUUGUUGGGGUAAACCACAACAAAUUCAGUCAAAACCAACAUCAUUUCCGAUUGCUGCUUAUGCAUUACAUGAUCGUCUGCAUGUUGGUUAUAGACCAUCUCCAAAUGAAAUUUCCAAAAGUCUAAAAUUGAAAGGUGUUAUUCUCGAAAAACUUGUUCAUCAUACAAUUCUUUCCGAAGGUCCUAAGAAAUCCAGUCUUAUCAAACUUGAAACAAACAGUCUGUAUCGUGGUUUACCUGAAGUAUACUUAUUAUACGAAGGGUGUACUGUUGUCGGAGAAACAUUUCAAGCUUCACGUCUUGUGAAUACUGGGAUAUCACCUAUUGUCUUACCACCUAGUAAAAUUCGCUUAAACUAUUCUAUACCACUAGAACAACGUCAAAUUCUUGGUCAAUCCGAUACUAAUUUAGAAGAUAUACCAGUUCAUAUCCAUCGUUCCCAUUUAUAUUUACCUAUACCAUUUUAUAUGAAUUCCUCAGAUUUAUGUAUCAAAUCCUAUGUUAAAAAGCUUUCACAUCUUUUCAAAACCAAAUCUGGAAGUUUUUCGUUAAAAUCUUGUAAUAUAUCAUCAAAACCUAGUCCCUUAUCAUUAUCUUGCGUUAAGCAAGAAAUUAAUAAUGAUACAAUACCGAAAACAAAGACAACAACCAAUAAUAAUAAUCGUAUAAUUAAUUACUACUUUCUAACAUGUCAUUCAUAUGAAUUACCUGAUUAUUUUUCUAAUACUUUAGAUCGUCUUGGAAUUGAAUUUGAUUACGCUGAUUGGUUAAAACAAAACAUUGUAACUAAUUGUAAUAGUGAUAAAAUUAUAAAUAAAAUUACCUAA